UUGAUAGUUGAUUAUUUUGCUUAAAUGUAAAUGCUAGAUCAAAUUCAACAAAGAUAUCUUCAAAUAUUAAACUGAACCAUUCUCAAAAAUAUUUUGGCUGGAAGAGUGUUUAGUGCAAUAUGGUGGCGAUGUUGCCACCAAAUACUUCUCUCAAUACCAUACUUAGUUUGCUGUCAUCUUCAUUUUUACCUGAACGGCAUUAUGAUCUGGACCGACCUUUGGAAGAUGAAGUAUUUAAGGAUCACAUUAAAAUGUGUGAAGCUAAUUUAAAGAAAAUUAACAUGUACCUAGAAAAGGAAAGUGAUGAAAAAAGUUUGAACAAGAAAUUUAUUGUUAAUGCUAUUCUACUCUGUGGUGAACAUUCGAAAGUAGAAACCUGGACUAGUUCUCAAACUUUGGCUCAAGCUGAACUGUUGGUGAAGAUGCUUCUCGCAAAAAGUAAAUGUAUAAGUUUAUCAGACUUGCUGCUACAUUGUAAAAUUGAUACUUUUCUGGCUGAGUUGAGGCCAAAACUCUUGAAAGAUUCAUGGAAAAAUAACCCUGCAGCGGUGACCAGUUUUAUUUGGAUUUUGUUCCACAUUAAGUGUCCACACUUGGGGGAUGUACUGAGCAGUGUGAUGCCAACAAGUCUUCUUCUAGUUGACGAUCACGUUCAUAGCAAUAAGAUCAAGGGGCUUAAAUGUUUGGAACACUUAGCCAGCAAUGUGAGCCGUGCAGAGCUAAGCCAGUACGGCCGAGGCGAGGUAAUCUACAACGCCCUGGACCACAUGAUCUAUCUGAGGGAGCCUGAGAUAAUUCCUCAUCUUGCUGCAUGUUUGACUGUUUUGUUGGCCAAAACUGAACGCUCAUCUACUACUGAGAACCUUUCUUGGAGCCAUUUUGAUGAUGUUUUGAAUAUAUGGCUACCAUCAAUGGAGAUGGAGCAGAAGUUGUUGUUGCGGGAAGCUUACAUAGCGAGUUUAGAAACACUGUUGCAAGCAAUGGGACUUGCUAGUGUACGAUGGUCAAAAAAACUUCUCACCAUCCUUUCUGAGUACUGCGAACAAGAGCAUACUCGGGACAAAGCAAUUUCGACUUUGAUAACGUUUAUGCGAACAACUUGGCCAAGACUUUCACACAACUUUCACCAAAUUGCUGGUGUUCUAGUGAGAGUUGUCAUUCAAAUUUCCAAGAAUGAUAAACUAUCUUGUGAUACAUCAUCAAGGAACUCACUGAAACUUGUUAAACAAUGUUUUUCUCUGAUGGAAAGUGUUUGUCAUGAAGAGCACAAACUGUUUAUAAAUGAUCUUAAGAAUUGUGAAGAUUUGAAAGAUUGUUAUGUGUUAAUAACUCAAUAUGAAGAAAGAGAUUAUUUGUAACAAUAUUGAUAUUUUGAAAAACUUUUGCGAAGUUUCCAUCAAUAUAUCUGUGGUUGAAUUCUUUUAUACAUUGUAUCGUAUCUGUAAUACAUUAGAUUCUCAUAAGCUCGUUGACAAUGUAAAUAAAAUAAAUUUUUAAAUAUCUGAAUACAACCAUCUAAUUAUUAAUUCUUUAUUAGAUGUUAACACUGCAAGUUCAGCCGAAUUCCAAAAAAAGAGUUUUUGUAUUGUCCUAGAACAUACGUUGUGCAGUUUACUUUUCAUUACUUUACACAAAAAAGUACACUUUCUAAACGUAAAAUGAGCUAAGAAAAUAUGUUAUUCCCGUUACUGCACGGC